CUCUAAAACACGCAGGGUUUAGACACUACACAACUGUGUGUGAGCUCAGGAAAGGUUGUCACAGGAUUACCAGGACACAUCGUGAAGCUGAGACGGGGGGAAAAUGAAAAGAGAGAAAGAACGAGAAGCCAAUGGAUAACCUUUCUAACCAUCUUCACCAAAAUGCCACCUAACGCGACACCGGUUUGUUUCUACCAGGACAAGAAGAAGCCAAAAGUUUAUUAUCGCAUCUUAUGAUAUGUAUUUAUAAAUACUUCUUGAGGAUUUUUUCCCCUUUAAUCUGAGAGAGUGUGUCUCAACAAAGUGCGUUUGAAGCGCAUCUCUGAAAUGGAGCGUUUAUUCUGGCGCCGCAGACUCUUAAAGACCGGGCUGAGUUUGACUUUCGCGUUUGCCACUUUGUUGAUGAUCCAAAAGUUCAGAGUGGUGGACAUCCGAAUGAAGGAGCUGGGUAUGGGUUUCAAAAGCAGCAGGUGCGUUUCUGUGCACUGCAAGACGAAAGGCGCAGUUGGAAACGUCUUGGCUGCGGUCCGUCAGCGCGCGCCGGCUGCGUGGAACAUCACCAAAAUCAACUGCACUGAGGACUCGAGCCUGCGCAAUCAGAGCUGGUUUCAGACCCUGGACUCCAGGUUCCAGAAAUACGUCCUGUACAGACACUGUAGGUAUUUCCCCAUGCUCAUGAAUCACCCUGAGAAUUGCAGGGACGUGGAUCUCCUAAUCGUGGUGAAGUCGGUUAUAGAGCAGCACGACCGCCGCGAGGCUGUGCGUCUCACUUGGGGCAAAGAGCACACCAUAGAGAGGCAAAGAGUCAAAACCCUGUUCCUGCUCGGCACCUCUGGGCCUGGGAAGGACUCCAAAAACCUACAGAAACUCUUAGAAUACGAGAACAGACUCUAUGGAGAUAUCCUGCAAUGGGAUUUCAUGGAUACUUUUUUUAACCUCACACUAAAGGAAGUCAAUUUUCUGAGAUGGUUCAACAUCUACUGCACAAACGUUUCCUUCAUUUUCAAAGGGGACGAUGAUGUCUUCGUCAACCCAGCUAACCUGGUGGACCUAAUAGACUUCAGAACACAAGAGGGCAAAGUGCAUAACAUGUUUGUUGGGGACACCAUUUCAAAAGCACUUCCCAUUAGACAUCGCCAAAGUAAGUACUAUAUACCCAAGGAACUAUACAAUCAGCGGUAUCCACCCUACGUAGGUGGUGGAGGGUUUCUCAUGUCCUCUCAGCUGGCAAAUAGGCUUUUUGCUGUGUCUAAGAGUGUGACACUUUUCCCCAUUGAUGAUGUCUUCUUGGGCAUGUGCCUCCAGAAGUUAGGGCUGGUACCAGAAAUGCAUGCAGGCUUUAGAACAUUUGGGAUCGUGAGGCGCAGGAGCAAGAUGAACAGUGAUCCAUGCUUCUACCGCUACCUUAUUGUGGUGCACAAAAUGAGCCCAGAGGAACUCCUGAGGAUGUGGGACAUGGUGCACAACAAGCAACUCACCUGUGCCAGAAGGAAUGCAAAUGACUCCAGUGGUUGAGUGAUCUGUGAAAACCCUGAACAUUGGUCAACAGCUUUGUGUUCUUUGUUCAUUGUUCAAUAAUUCAUUAAUUUAAGCAUAAAACUGAUGCUGUUGAUCUCAUUUGGAUCAAAUUUUGGGGAACUAGGUGAAAAUAUGCUUCAAUAUAAUAAUAAUAAUAAUAAUAAUAAUAAUAAUAAUAAUUUCCCAUUGAGGGGCGGCAUGAUGGUGUAGUGGUUAGCGCUGUCGCCUCACAGCAAGAAGGUCUGGGUUCGAGCCCCGUGGCCGACGAGGGCCUUUCUGUGUGGAGUUUGCAUGUUCUCCCCGUGUCUGCAUGGGUUUCCUCUGGGUGCUCCGGUUUCCCCCACAGUCCAAAGACAUGCAGGUUAGGUUAACUGGUGACUCUAAAUUGACCGUAGGUGUGAAUGU